UAGCAAAACAAAUCGUUUGAAAUGCUCUAGCAAUAACAUAAAACAAAAUAAUGCAGACCAUUAAGAACUUUAGACAAUACUAUGGAAUUAGCACUGAUAAUAUCAAUUAUCAAUCAAUGCAUCACAGAUGUUUCCAAGGCGACUCGUUUGGUUGGCAAUUGAAAAUGCUUCGAAUUACUUAAAAAUGUGAACAAGCUAGCCAUCUCACUAACUAAUACAACCAGCCGCUAAUGCACUAGGAAUUUGACAUUAUUAUUACGAGAAGCACGAACAUUCGAUUCUAUAUGUUUGAAAAAUUCUAAAUAAAUAGCAGUGAGUAUAUUAUUUGGUUAUAGUAUAGAACCCAUAUAAAGUGUACAACAUACUCCAAAUAUGAGGAUGUGAUUAUUCAAGCUCAUUUAAUAAUCUUUAACUAGCACACAAC